GCGGAUUUACUGCGGGAGCCGUGCUUGGUACACAUUUGUGAGGUGCCACCGAAGGAGGAUUCAUUAAGAAGAAUGAUUCCCGGAACUUCUCUUUGGUCGAGGCUACGACGUUGGUUUCUUGGUACUCGGAUAGCGUCGCGAAAACAUUCGUUCACGCAAUUCUUCCUGAAGAGCACCCAGGCUAUCGAUUACGAGAUCAGUCGACACCUCAACUCCCAUCCCAACAUGAUCCAUCCUUUCAGUACUUUCAGAAUAUUUUGGGAAUCUGCGAUGACGCUGUUUAUUAUAGCGGCUUUAAUGGUCACUCCUGUCUUUCUGGCAUUUUAUUUCGACGAACCUGAGAAAUGGUAUCUUUUCAACCUUGCGAUCGACAGCGUAUUUAUAUGCGACAUUGUGAUCUGGUUUUUCACCGGUUAUUAUGAUUCUCAAAUACAUUUAAUAGUUCUGGACCCAAAGUUCGUGGCGAGCAAAUAUCUGCGGGGUUUCUUCGUCAUAAAUCUGUUGCCAGUGCUACCCUUGGAGUUUUUCAUCGUGCUCUUCAAAUCGAUGUGGUAUUUGGCGGCAUUGAACUUACUGAAGAUAUUUUGGAUGCGAACGGUCAUCAAUUACUCACGCAGACUCUAUUAUGUUUACGAUAUUAAUUUCCAUCUAUACAAGGUAGCGGAGAUUAGUGUUAUCAUCAUCGUAUGCGUGCACUGGGCUGCUUGUCUGGAGUACUAUUUGCCGCUGGCGGUCGCCAAGAUGGUCGGACAGCAUGAUGCGUUAGCACAAUUCUCGCAGUUAAUGAUAACGUUUCACUCCACUCGCAAGAGGCAUUUACAAUUAAACGAGCAGCUGCAACAGUACAUGACAUACAAGGAAUUGCCGUAUUCCUUGCAGCGACGAUUGCUGGCUUAUUACAAUUACCGCAAUAAAAAGGGAUUCGAAAGAGACAAGAUUAUUAUCAAUCACGUGUCGCCCUACUUGCGAGAAAAGCUUCUUCUGCACAAUUAUCGCCGAUUGUUGAAUGAUGUGGAUCUGUUCAGAAAUCUGCCGGAAAUAGUGGUGGCACAAUUUGUCGGCGCCGUGCGCUCCGAGAUUUUCAUGUCAAACGACGUGCUGGUUAGAGCUGGUGCGCGUGGCGAUGCUUUGUACUUCAUCGCCUGUGGCACCGUGGUUGUCUACAAUAGUGCGGAGAAAGAGAUCUGUCACUUGGAAGACGGCGCAUACUUUGGCGAGCUGGCCCUGCUGAUGGAAGACGAGCGUUGGAUCGCGAGCGUCAUCGCCGCGGAAAAUUGCGAGGUCUACAUAUUGUCGCGUGCCAACUUUCAAAACGCCCUGAUAUCGUAUCCCGAUCUCUUGGCACAUUUGCAAAACGUAAUGCUUGCGCGUCUGGAGCAGACGCCGUUACUCGAAAAGGCCCGCGAGCCGGACUCGCCGAGGACAAUGACCGGGAACGUCAAUAUCAGCAGUAUAAAAGUUAAGAAGAAGGAUUAAAGCGAACGUUGUGGAAAUGCUCGGCCUAAUUAGAAGCGGCGAGUCCUUCGUUUUUGCGGGUUCCUGUACGACUGCUGGUACACAGAC